CGCGUAAACACGGCGCCAGGCGUCCGCCCUUCCCCCCGCCCGCGCGUGUGCGGUAGAGCAGCAGCCACUUGGUCGACCCCGAGUGGGCGCACAAGUGGGGCCUGCGCGAGUGUCCGGACCGCGGCCAAGUGCGAUGUUGGCCAGCUCGGCGACGCCCUUCUCCGUCAAGGACAUCCUCAACCUGAGCGACAGCGGCGUCGACGAGCUCGACCCGCAGGCGCUGCUGUACCAGGCGCAGAGCCUCGAGAAGGCCUUCUUCGAGGAGGCCUGUCAUGAAGGGCUGCUCGACGCGGACGCGCUGCUGCUGCCGGCCGCCGCCGACUCGGCGGCCGCAUCGACGGCUGGCGGUGGCCAGUGUGCUCCGCACCUCUGCUUGCCGUACCACGCAGCCUGCUUCGAAGGAGGUCCUGGGCUCGAUCCCGGCUACGCGCAGCAAGACGAGACGCCGACGCCUCAUCUGGCGCAGCACUGCGCGAUCGCCCGCACCGAUAUGCUCUGCCAGCAGUUCGCGAGUGACGCAAAGUCCGGCGGCAUCCGGGAGAACGGUGCUCGGCCGCGCAAGAGAAAGAAGCCGCGGGUGCUCUUCUCGCAGUCGCAGGUGUAUGAGCUGGAGAGGCGCUUCAAGCAGCAAAAGUACCUAUCGGCACCGGAAAGGGACCACUUGGCGAAUGCCCUGAAGCUUACGUCAACUCAGGUGAAGAUCUGGUUCCAGAACCGGCGCUACAAGUGUAAACGUCAGAAGCAGGACAAGUCCCUGGAGAUGGUGGCGGCAGCCACGGCGCGCCGCGUGGCUGUGCCCGUGCUGGUGCGCGAUGGCAAGCCCGCUGCCGUGCCGUUUGCUCCGUCCGCUUACCCAAUGCACCCGUACUUUGCCGGCACCGCGACCCUGGGCCCGCCGCCGCCGCCGCAGCCGCCCACCCAGCCGCCAGACGCGCUUCUGUACCCAGCCAUGGUGGGCCACAAGCCGGCCUCCGCCACAGCCAUUAAGUCAUGGUGAAUGCCGCAGAACUGCGCAUAUCGUGCGCGCGUGUGUGUAUGUGUGUGUUUCGCCCUGCGGAGACUCCUGCAGUGUAUACGUCAUCUCUCGCAAGCGUUGCUUGCAUUUCGGCACCGUCCACGAUCUUCGAAGAGAAAUGUUUGCAGGCUCGGAGGGGAAGCCAAGACCUCUACCUAUAGGGGCCCAGUUGAGAAAGCAAUAACGUCCCAGUAGCGACAGCAGCCGUCUUUAUUGUUCAAUAUUUUAAUAUCAAUGGCAAUACUGACCCAUUAUUUACCACAGACAUCGUAUGGAAUAUUUAGUACAAUCAAUAAUGGUAUUGUAGCAUUCAAAGUAAAUGUGGUAUCAACCAACAGGGGGUGCUCAUGUAGUUCCUGCGUAAAAGCGAUUAUAAACUUCUAAAAAAUAGAACAAAUUGUAACAAUAAGCAUAAUAAAUAAAAAAACUGUCACCUAGGUCGCAUUUGCAUAAUCGAAAUCAGGUUUACAUUUGAGAAACGGAAAGCUACUCACCUUCGAUUCGCUCAACUUUCUGCUUUUGCGCGCUACGCCCAGUGCACCGACAAGAGUGCCUCAUAUAUUCUUAAAGACAGCGUAUAUCUGCCAGUGAGAAGGACGCAUAAUGCAUCAUAGUUUUGAUACAAACGUCCGAAGUACAUUUUGAGUCAGUAAUUUUGAGAGUCGAUGCUAAGCUUGCCUGUCUGCGCACCCGCUGAUGAAACAAGACGAAUAUGAUUUUCGAAUAUUCAUCAUUCGGAGAGUCGUUAUAUAAUUUUACCAUAUCCACCAAACGCAUUUCAGGAUUACGCUUUUCAGCAACGAAUCUCGACGCUUUUUCGAAAAUUCAAGCGGAUGUUAUGCAAUCACAAAUGGCUGAAAGGGCAUUACGAUACGUCUAAUACGUCUUUUAUUAUGUGCUGUGUACGCGAUCAGUUUACAUGAAGCCCAGUUUGCUCGAGAAAUAUGCUAUUCAAGUGAUAAGACGCCUAGCGAGCGGUCGCAGCGAGAAAAACGCUGUACGCAUAUACCCGCUCUGCUGUAUAAGCUUUCAGUAACACAACUAGUCGGACAACCUAUAAUGCUUACUUGCAUAUUUGAGGAGUGCGAAUGUAAACUUACUUCAUAUAUGAUGGGCCCGACGACGGCCUUAAUCUGUACUCGUUCCACGGAUACUGUGGUAUAAACACGACCCAUGAGUGCGUCUAAAACAUGUACGAUCAUAAAGACUUCUUUCACUACCAUGUCUCCGAAUCUUCAUUUCGGGU